UUCUAACGUGUUGAAAUAGUGAUAGGAAAAAACUAUUUAUAAACAUACAUUGAAUGUGAACUGUUCAGUUUGUGUUGAUCCUGUUCGGUAUUCACAUCAAUAAUGAAGAUUAUUUUUGUUGUUGGCAUGUUUGCUUGCUUGUCGAGCACUGCUUUUGGCUUGGAUUGUUAUAUGUGCAUUGGGUCUGUCGACAGUGAUUGCAACGGAAAGGAUAAUUCAACUAUGCUGAUUCAACAUUGUCCUGAAUACGCGCAGAGUCGCAGUUAUUGUGUAUCCUACAAAUCAAUUGAUAGCAUUCAGAUGACAGGAGGAUUUAUUCGGGGAUGUGGGUUUAUGAAAAAGGAGGACGAGCGUAAUGUUUGUGAUUAUUUGAAGGAAUUGCACAUGGCUGUUGAAUGUGAUGAUUGUGAGACAGAUUUGUGCAACAUUUAAAAACUGCAAAAGGAAAAUAACCUUAAUAUUGUUCGAAAACUAAAAUAAAGCAUAUUCACAUAA